GAAUUGUCAGGAAAUAAGUGAAUCGCAUCAGUUGUUAAAAACAAAUGUGAAAUAUCGAAAUAACACAGCUUUAGUGAAUAAUAAGUGAAUAAUAAUUAUAGCUAUAAUUACCAUAGAAACUGCUUCAUCAUUAGAAUUUUUGGAGAUGACAGAAAAAAAAUUCUCGGCAUAAUCAACAUGCAUACAUAACUGGAAGCUGUACAUAACUGUUUCUGAAAACCCUUGGUCGAGCUCUAUAGACUGUAUUGUAUUGUUGUGUCGUUACUAAGGCUGUUGCUUACAUGGUUUGUGACGUCAAAGACAAAAGCUGAAGUGUUGCGUGUGCCCGACAUUCGAAAAACAACACAAGUUGCUUUGAAGACAAUGAAGAAAUCAUAAAAGAACAACACGGAAAAGAAAAUAAAGAGAUAGAUUAGUGCAUUUAUGAAAACCAAAAAAGAAAAAUGAACGUUUUUUGUAAUAAAACAAAACAAAAGUGAAGCAAGGGUACAAGCAAAAAAGAAAAAAGUGUUUGUGACUAAGUGACAUCAAUGCUAAAAAGUGAGACAAAAGUGUAUACAAUAAGAGUUAUGCAAAGAAUAACACAUAAAUAUGUCUAUAUGUGAAUGUGCUACAGCCGGAAAAAAAUGAGGAAGUAAAAAACCGCUAUUAUAUUCUCUCAUCAAAGCAACGUCAGCAUUUAAGCCUACACAAACACAAACACAUUCAUAAGCCUUAUACCAUAGACUACCGAAAGGCCGACCGACCUUCCGAACGAACGAACUGGCACUCAGCCAACUCUCAGCCAAGCUGCUUCUUCAGCAACGUAUUUUUCAUCAACACGCUGACGCUGAGACAGUUUGCGUGUGUUUGUGUUGGUGAGUGAUUUACGCCUACGACAAAGGCAGGCUGAGUAUCUCACAAGCGGCCGCAUCCUUGCAUCAUCAGCGUCUUAACGGAAUCCUGCUCAUCUCGAAGGAAUCGUGCUAGGUGUGCCGCACAAUAAAUCGCAAUGGCAAGAAUUACGGAAAAUUCGAUUAACACGAUUUGCGGUUUAACAAUAAAGCAAAAUGGCUGUCACUAUGAAGAUGUCUACUUGCAAUUGUGCUGGUCACAGCGUUAAUGCAACAACAGUGUCAUGCCAUAUAUAUGCAUCUGCAAUCAACAGCAAGACCGUGAGCGUCGUUAAUUACAAUUGCAAAGAUGAGGCCACCAGCCAUGCAAACAGCCGCGUUGCAGCCGAAUAAUGAGCUGCACAACGACACACAGCGACAGCGUUUACUACAACAGCAACAACAGAACAUAGCACACCUGCCGCCACACUUGCGACAACAGCAGCCGCAGCAGCUACAGCUACAACUGCAAUUCCAGCAACAACAACAACCGCAAACCACGCCACUUACACUACUCAACCAGUCGAGUUACGAUCCAACAGCGGCGGCGACAGCGCAACAAGCGCGCAACAAAUACUACUUCGAGCAACACGAAUUCACAGUUGAUAAACCGUUGAAUUUUGUUACGACCACAACAACAGCGUCCGCGAAAGAGGCUGUGAAUCUGAAUGCGCGCCGAAGUUCAGUAGCGUCCAUUAGGCUGCCCAUAGUCGAUGAGAAGUCUAGGCAGGAGCAAUUACUGCAACGCCAACACGCGCAGCCACAAGCGCAGCCGCAACCGCAGGGCGCCAGUCUUGAUUGCAUACAAUUGCUGGACUUGAGCACUUCACCGCCACAUGAGCCAAUCUAUCCGUUGCAAGGUAGCGUGUCUACGUACUUGCCGCAACGGUCUUUAGCGGAUGUGCCACCGCCAUAUCGACGCGCCUCCGCAGCCAGUGUGGCACCAGUGCCAACGCAUCGCGCCUCCUACGCCAGCCAAUAUUCGCGCUCGUCGUCGAGUGAGGACGGUUCCAUAGGUGGCGUUAGCGCUGCGCCCUACCCGAACUCAUAUACGCGCGCCAACAGCGCAUUCGAUGACGCGGCUGAGCAUUUCAUAAUCAACUUUCCAGCCGCAGACUCACCGUCACACAAUCAGAACGAUUGCGUUAUAAAUUUGCCGCUCUCCGAGACCGAACCGUUGCUAACGAACAUCGAGGCCACAGUUGCGGAUAAGCAGCGCUCCAUACGUCUGCCGAAGAGUAGUGCCUCAUUGAUAUUCACGAAGAAGGAUCUGUUGCCGCAACGUACCGCGUCUGUGGCACCCUACCAAGCUGCCAAUACGAAUAAUAAUUGCGCGACGCUACAAAAACAACAGCAAUCGAAGCAGCCGAAACGCAAUCAAGCGAAACAACAACAACAGCAGCAGCAACAACAACAGCAGUUGCAUCAUAGUCUGAGUUUGCGCUCCGCUAACGAAUACGCGACGCGCAAACCCGUCAAGCAUCUACCAGCCUCAUAUCAGCAGCAUCAGCCGCCGCAACAACACCAGCUGCAACAGCAACGUCGUAGUUUACAAUUAAAUUUCAACAAUAAUCUGGUAACCACAUCCACGUGCUGUAGCGCAAACAACAACUACUGCAGCAGCGUCACGGGCAAGGGUGUUAGAGCGCCCAGCGCCAGCACCGGCGGCAGCAAGAGUGUCGGUGCUGUUUUGCAUAAACAUCAUCAGCCGAGCGCUGCAUUAAGCGCCACAGUGGCAAAAGCAGAAGAACAACAGCAACAAUCCGGUCAAACGAAUACAAACACGGCAGCGACAACGCGCAAGCAACACGCGUACUCCUGGUACGCCCCUGUCUAUACUGCACUCGAGGAGGAACUGGAACAGGAUUCUAGAGAUUCUUCGCCAAUCCACAACCUGGCCAACACAAAGAAACAACACCUCAACCACUACCAACAGCAACGGUCCUCACACAACUCCUCGACGGCGGCCGACAAUGAGACCGUUGCGCUGCUAGAGACGCGCAACCAAGUCAACAUACAGGCGCAACUGCAUGCGCAGGCCAACAGCCACGCUCAUGCGGGCAAAGACCUCAACGACAUUAGUGCUGUUGGUGGCGGUAACGGCGUUGGAAGUGGCAGUGGUGUCGGAGUUGCACGCAACGCGAAGUACGAAGCGAAAUACGCAGGUCUGGCGCGGCGUACAAAUGGUGGCGGACCGCAAGCGCCCACAACAUUACCGCUGUCGAAUUCACAUAAUGCCGCUAUGCAGGCCGAGAUGUCCGGUGGCGAGGGCGGCUACGGAGAGUCGCAAACAACAGUGCCGAUGAACGGCUUUGAUGGCGAUGUUGGGUUGGUAAACUCACUGGGUAGCACGUUGCCGCCACGCAGGCGCAUAGAGAACUUUCUGAAAUCGCUGGUGGGACGCAAGUCGUCCAGUGCGCGCAGCAAUAGCGGCAAUUCGAUCAACGGUGGCAAUGUGGAUGUGCUGAAUUGUCGCGCAGAAAAUAUUGUUUCGCAACAGCCGAUGCCCUCAUCGCCGGAGAUCAAGAUUACGCGAACGCCUUCGGAGCAGAACAUGGUGCUGUUGCGCGAAACUUCGCAACGCGGACGUCAAUAUAAGCAACAAUCGGCAGCGGCGCAGGAGCAGCGAAAGAGCGAUUGUGGUGGCGGCGACAAGUUAACCGUGAAUGGUGCAAUGCAGGGCAGCACAUCAUCGCUGAAUGUGGUGCAACAGAAAUUGUGGAAUAUCAUGCGGCGCGAGGGCAGCGCGGCCAGCUUGUACAACGAGAAGUCGCACUCGAUCGUGCAGUACCGCGGUCUACGCAAGUGUGAGACUGUAUUGGCGCUGACGCGGCAAACCAACUCGUUGUGCUCGCCCAUAUUCGGCGGCAGCGCGGCGGCACAUGUGGGCGCCAGCGGCAGAAACAAUGGGAGCGCUAGUAACGGUGGCGCUGGUGUAGCGCGGCACAAUAGUUGUAGCGCCGGUGGUGGUGGUAGUGCGUGCGGUGGCAUGCGGCGCACACACACCACUGGCAGCGGCAUCUUCAGCACUAGCGGCGUCGAACAAAUACGUCCGCUAAAUCGACUGCGGAACAGCGUGACGAGCAUCAAUGCCGCAGCGACAUGCUCGCGCUGUUCAAGUUUGCUAUCGCUGGCCGCUUCAGGAUCGCGCUACUCACUCAAUGUGGCGGCGAAUGCAGGCGCUGCCGGCGCGUUCGCACCGACUACGGCGACGCAAAUGCACACAUCCGCUUCUCAACAACAGCUGCAAGCGUUGGCAGCAACGCUUGAUUACAAGCCGCCACCACAUUCUUCACAACAACAUCAACAGCAGCGCGAACGCAAAAUUAGCAACGUAAGCAGUAGUCAGUUAAAUAGUAGUAAUUAUAUUGUAUUAAGUAGUAAUCGCAUUGCUGAUACCACUGUCGUCGAGCACAAUGCCGGUGGCAGCGGUGCCGGCAACAGCAGCAGUGGUAAUUGUUCCCGUAAAAGCUCGGCCGAUGCGCCAAGUACGCACAGCGCGAGCAGCAUCACACCGCCGUCCAAUAUGACCACGGCGACGCUCACCUCAAGCAUCACAUCGCCGCAUGCCAGCACACCCACAACGCCUGUAGCAGCAGCAACAGCAACAGCUUACGCGUCAGUUGCAGCCAGCGUAGUCGCACCAGAUACACUAGUAAUCACACCCACCGCCAACGUCCUGCAAGCACCGAUAGCAAUGUCUCCGUACACGGCCAACAGCACUAACAACAGCAACACCUCAGGCAUACUCGUCGAUCUGCCCUCAUCGCCGACCUCGCCGACAUCGGUCGCUUCGUCGGCUGGCACACCAUGCACCUCCGCCUCCUGCUCAUCGGCCACCACGCCCGCACCCACCUACGCAUUGCCGCCGACAUCGCAAACAUAUCCCUUCACCAUAACCUCCCUACUGGCGAUGUCAAAGACAACAAUGGAACGUGAUGCACGCGGCGGACGCUGUGCGGCCGGUGCGGAUGACGAUGAUGUCGCUUUGACGAUAAAAAUUUCAUCUGCGGGCAAAGGUCCAACGGACACUGUCGACGGUAGACACUAUGCGGCACCGGCAGCACUGCCGUUGAAACGUUUCGAGCCCUUCACAUGCAAGCUGUGUUUGGUAGAUGUAGAGACGAAGGAGGAGGCCACCACGCUGCAGCAAUGCGGCUGUGAAUUUUGCACUGAGUGCAUGAAGGCCUAUGUGGACUUUGAAAUUACAGAAGGCGCUUACGAGAUCUCGUGUCCCGAUGCCCAAUGCCCGGCGCAAGGCAUUAUGACACUACCCGAAAUCGCCAACUUGACGACCACCAAUCUGAUGAAGAAGCAUCAUCGAUACCGACUCAAUAAAGAAAUCGAAAUGGAUAAGACGCGCACCUGGUGUCCGCGUGCUGGCUGCGAAACGGUUUGCCUCGUCGGCGUAGGUCCACAUUCCGAUGCCACACCGUCCACCUCGACCGGCGGUGGUAGCGGUGGCACACACACAGCCACUUUCACUGACAGCCAAGGCGCACAACAGUCGCUCUGCGCCGUGCAGUGUCCGUCGUGCAAAGAUGAGUUUUGCUCGGCCUGCAAGAAGGCGUGGCAUCCGAACAUGACUUGCGAGGAGAACAGUCGUCGCUUGGUGGCGGACGGUCAGGAUGACAUUGGCAUACCCUUCGACAAUGACCUCAUCAAGUGUUGUCCCAUGUGCGCUGUGCCCAUCGAGAAGGACGAGGGUUGCGCGCAGAUGAUGUGCAAACGUUGCAAGCACGUCUUCUGCUGGUACUGUUUGGCCAGCUUGGAUGACGACUUUCUGUUGCGUCACUAUGAUCGUGGUCCAUGUAAGAACAAGCUUGGACAUUCCCGUGCCUCUGUGGUGUGGCACAGAGCACAAGUGAUUGGCAUUUUUGCCGGUUUCGGUAUAUUGUUGUUGGUCGCUUCACCACUGCUACUGCUAGCUGCACCCUGUAUUAUAUGUUGUAAAUGCCGUAGUUGUAGCGGUGCACGAAUCGAUGAGGGUGAUGCCGAGCUGGACGAGGCGACUGCGUUACAAAGUCUUUAGAAGGCAUCGACGCACCGAAAACCGGAAUUUGGACCAAAAAUCUAAGGCACUAUCGAACUAACAGGGUGUGCUGAAGUACUUCUUUUCACAUAAUGGGAAAAUGUUUAAAGUAAAAAGUCACUUGCGAACCACUUAUUUGCUGAUUUUAUAUAAUAUUUAUGACAACACUAAUAUCAAUACCUAUGUAUGUAUGUGUAUGUGUACAAAGUAUGAAAAAAGUAAAAUCGAGUACACAGAAUAAGCAAAAUCCUUAACCGGCUUAACAAAGUUAUUUGUUUAAAAUCAUAAAUGUGUUGCGAUGUGCAAAAAAGCGAAAUCACAAAAAUAAGUAAAACAAUAUUUUUCAAUUCCGAUAUGCAAUAAAUAACAACAAACACAAAAAAUUGCGCAUGUUGGAUUACCGGGGAUUUGUGGAGGGAUCAAUGCUGAUUGGUUAUUUGUUUUCAUGCAUUACAUAAUUAACGGAUUCAAGCAAAUAUUUGCGCAGGCUUAUUUGUUACGUGCAUAUUUUUUGAAUAGUAAAGAGUGUACUGGAUUG